CUCAAAUAAUCGCAAAAUCCGCAACGAAUCGCAUUGCUAGCGAACGAACCACUCGUUUACACCUCUUCUCCUCUCGCGUUCUUCCCUUUCUUGCGUGGCGUGACUUCAGAUCACAUCCUUACCGCGCCUCCAUCACCCUUCACCCAGUAUGUCGGCUCCAGCGGACUCCACCAUGAGUGGUGGUCAGGCUGCGCCAGUUGAAACUUCACGGCUUGAACAGCCUAACGAUGCGGUAGCCAUGGAAAACAUUGCCCAGCCCUCCGAGCAGACACCUGCCGAUCACGCCCCCGAAGCCGCCGAUAAAACCUUUGCAGCUGAACCAGCACCGUCUACAGCUGUGCCAACUACAUCCGAGAACAUCGAUAACUCAGAAGCCACUGCAGCAGCCUCAUCGAAGGGAAAGGAGAAGGAUACAGCUCCUCCUCCACCGCCAACUAAGCAAGACUCAAAUCUGGGCAUUGGACCUGCUGUGGAUGACAUUAGAGAAAUUUCAGGGGGGUCUUCCGACGGACCCGUUUGCAACAUUACCCUUCUCCUUACUUCAGGAAGCCGACAUCCGUACAAGAUUGAUGCCAAGUACUUGAGUCGGAGGAGCGUGGAUAUCCCAGACCAGACGGAGAGUGGCCUCCCGGAUCCCUUCAGCAUCAGCGUUUACACCCUCAAGGAAUUAAUAUUGCGCGAAUGGCGCAGUGAUUGGGAGGCAAAACCAGCAAGUCCCAGCAGCAUUAGACUCAUUCACUUCGGAAAGCUUUUGGACGAUAAGGAGCAAUUGAAAAAGUAUCAACUUUCAACCGAGAGCCCCAAUGUUGUACAUAUGAGCAUUCGGCCACAGGAUCUUGAUGAGGAAGAACCCAAGGCGGGAAAUAAGAACCUUUCAUCGAGCGGUGGUGAUGGCCAACGUUCGCGGGACAGCAAUUGCUGUAUCAUUUUAUAAGUGAAGGCUACUUUUUUGACUACAGGCAACUUCCAGACUGACUGUGCUCAACGCAUGCUCUCAUGAGAAGAACUAAGUCCAAAGACUCUCAUGCACUCAACGUUUUGAGUCGGCGGGGUCUUUUUAGCCACCGUAGUCUUCACUUUAGUUGAUGAGCAUUCGGGUGACACUCAUUCAUUCCUUAUAAUCUUUCCUUGGUUUAUUGUAUUUAUCAGCAGAAUCGUAUGGCGAUUCUGCUGUGGGAGACGGGGA